AUGGCGGCUUGCCCAGCAGGCCUUAGCACACUCGAUGAGGGUUGGGUUGGGCCUGUUGGCCGAGGGGCGCGCAGGCGGCUACCAAAGAGGUCGCUCUGGAUGCGCGUCGCUGACUGGCUCUGCGCGCGGCGAUGGGGCAAAGGCGACAGUCGGCCCGUUGUGGUAACGAUGACUGAAGGUUUCGCGCACACUGUGGCUCUCUCCCAGUCGCUGCGUGUCCCAGAAUGCUCAACUGCGCCGAGCGUGCCGAGCGAUCAGCCUCCUGUCGCGGCGUUCGGUGCGGAUUUGGCACGCACAACGAGCGUGGCAGGGGAGGGCAGGGAAGCUUGCAGCGGCGUGCAGUUGCAGCGCAAAGCAGACCAGAGCAGCGUAGAGCAGCAGCGCAGAGCAGCGAGGGUGCAGCAGCAACAGUGGAGCGUGGAGCGCCUUAGUGACGAACGCGCCGGGUGGGCGGCGAUCGCGUUGCUUGGUGGCAGUUGCACGUGUAGUCGCACUGCGGGUGCGCGAUCUGUACAAUACUCAAGUACAUACAUGUACACCACCGGCCUCGUCUGCUGCACGCCCAUGCCCAAACGCCAAAAAUUGCGCCCGCGGCUGCACACAAUCUGCAAUCACCGCGUCGACAAUCUUCACCACCCGGCCAGCGGGCUUCUGCGGGCCCCCCGGCAAGAGCGGCCUGCAAAACCACUGCAUGCAAAUAUUGGACAUGGCACAGACCUCGCCCGCCGGCAGGACUGGCCCAAUGCGUCCAUGAGAGCGAAUCCCGACCGUACUGCACCGGACCGCACAUGCCUCUGGCCUGCCGUGUGGGUGUAUGUCGCAUGGGCCGUCCUGCCCUCGCCUCAAACCCCCGCUUUCGCCUUCGCAAACUUCAGCAUACCGCUGUCGUAUCGUGAUUUUCUCCUUGUGCAUCCUCCAUCCAUGCCCGUUUUGCUGUCAGCAGACAAGACUCUGGUGCAUCUGGCCCCCACCCUCUCGCAAUUCCGCAAACCUUGCUGUUUUGUCUGCCACUGCAUCUCCUGCUUCUCUACUACUGCUCCGGCUUCCAUGGCCGCAAAAAAUCACCCUGCUAUUUCGCUUCGGGUCUCGACACCCUCCCUUCCCUUGCUGCUGUCAUUCCUUCUUGAGAUCACCGACCCUGCUGCCUUGGCGGCCUCCAAGCCACAUGCCAUGUCACCGCCCUCGUCUGUGUGGGCAUUUGUACGCAUCUAG